CGUGCGUGCACGCGCUGGUGUCAGGGAGCUCAGACCGUCAGGACGGGGGGGAAACGGAGGAAAGAGAAAGGAAAAACAGAAUGAAACCGCUUCCGAAACCGGAACAACAAUAAUUGAAGGAAAUACUCAAAAUAGCAGACUAUUUAAAGCUAGAUUGUGGAAUGAGGGCAUUUUAAACCAGCACCUUUACAUUGGAAGAACAAGGAGAGUCUGAACCGUUAUAUGUAGAUGCAAGUGGAUAAUGAAGACAAGGGAAGAGGAAAGACGUGGAAAUUACACACAACGACCCUCUCUAGGGACGGGAACUGCAUAGUCAGCGAAGAAAAAGGCAUUGCCACACAUUUGGCUACGUUUCUUAUCCUUUUACGCAUCGCUUUACUAUUCAACCUUACCCAAACAGAGGCAUCGCUCCGUUCUUGACCACCCCUGUCUAAUUCAUGGUGCUAUUGUGAUUUUUCUCCCCUCCAUUUUUAUCGGGCGACUGUGCUUUCAAGGAUGCCGGAUCAGAUCUCCGUGUCCGAGUUUCUCUCGGAGACGACGGAGGAUUACAAUUCCCCCACGACAUCCAGCUUCACCACCCGCUUGCAGAGCUGUCGGAACACGGUCAAUGUUCUGGAAGAGGCCUUGGACCAGGACCGAACAGCUUUACAAAAGGUCAAGAAAUCCGUCAAAGCCAUCUACAACUCGGGUCAAGAGCAUGUGCAGAAUGAAGAGAUCUAUGGGCAGACACUGGACAAGUUUGGCAGCAACUUCAUCAGCAGAGAUAACUCUGAUCUGGGGACAGCCUUCAUCAAGUUCUCCGGCCUUAUCAAGGAACUGGCCGCUCUCCUCAAGAACCUACUCCAGAGUCUCAGUCACAAUGUCAUCUUCACCCUGGACUCUCUGCUCAAAGGAGAUCUGAAGGGAGUGAAGGGGGAUCUUAAAAAGCCUUUCGACAAGGCCUGGAAAGACUACGAGACAAAGUUCACAAAGAUCGAGAAGGAGAAGAGGGAACAUGCCAAGCAGCACGGCAUGAUCCGUACAGAGAUCACCGGCGCAGAGAUCGCAGAAGAGAUGGAGAAAGAGCGGAGGAUCUUUCAGCUGCAGAUGUGUGAGUACCUGAUCAAAGUGAAUGAGAUUAAGACUAAGAAGGGAGUGGAUCUCCUGCAGAAUCUCAUCAAGUAUUAUCACGCACAGUGCAAUUUUUUCCAGGACGGCUUGAAAACCGCUGACAAGUUGAAGCAGUAUAUCGAGAAAUUAGCAGCUGAUCUUUAUAAUAUAAAACAGACCCAGGACGAAGAGAAAAAACAGCUCACAGCUCUCAGAGACCUCAUUAAAUCGUCUUUACAACUGGACCAGAAAGAGGAUUCCCAGAGCAAACAGAGCGGUUACAGUAUGCACCAGCUGCAGGGCAAUAAGGAGUUUGGCAGUGAGAAGAAGGGCUAUCUGUUUAAGAAGAGUGACGGGAUCCGUAAGGUGUGGCAGAGGAGGAAGUGCUCGGUGAAAAAUGGCAUUCUCACGAUCUCCCAUGCCACAUCCAACAGGCAGCCGGUGAGACUGAAUCUGCUGACCUGCCAGGUUAAACCCAGCGGAGAGGAUAAGAAGUGCUUUGACCUUAUCUCCCAUAAUCGAACAUAUCAUUUCCAGGCAGAGGAUGAGCAGGAGUUUGUGAUAUGGAUCUCAGUGCUGACUAACAGUAAGGAGGAGGCUCUGAACAUGGCGUUCCGUGGAGAGCAGAGUGCUGGAGAUGACAAUGUGGAAGACUUGACCAAAGCCAUCAUCGAGGAUGUGCUGCGGACGCCUGGAAAUGAAGUCUGUUGCGACUGUGGCGCACCAGAGCCUAAAUGGUUAUCCACUAACCUGGGCAUCCUGACAUGCAUCGAGUGUUCAGGGAUUCACAGGGAAAUGGGAGUCCAUAUUUCACGCAUUCAAUCCAUGGAACUCGACAAACUUGGAUCUUCUGAACUCUUGCUGGCUAAGAAUGUGGGUAACAGCAGUUUUAAUGAAAUAUUAGAAGGGAAUCUGCCGAGUCCUUCACCAAAGCCAACACCAUCAAGUGACAUGACUGAGAGGAAGGAGUACAUAAAUGCGAAGUACGUGGAGCACAGGUUUGCUCGGAGGACAGCCACUACAGCCACAGCCAGACAGGGCGACUUGUACGAGGCUGUGAGAACUCGAGACCUGAUGGCUCUUAUUCAGCUCUAUGCAGAUGGAGUGGAGCUAAUGGAUCCAUUUCCAGAAGCAGGACAAGACCCGGGAGAGACAGCGCUGCAUUUUGCCGUGCGGACAUCAGACCAGACCUCACUGCACCUGGUGGACUUUCUUGUCCAAAACAGUGGAGCUCCAGACAGACAGACAGAUAGUGGAAACACUGCUCUCCAUUACUGCUGCACAUAUGAGAAGCCAGAGUGUCUCAAACUGCUGCUCAGGGGAAAACCAUCUAUUGACCUGGUAAAUCAAAAUGGGGACACGGCUUUGGACAUUGCCAGACGACUGAAAAAUGCACAGUGUGAAGAGCUACUGGCAGAGGCAGCAGCCGGGAGGUUUAAUCCUCACGUUCAUGUGGAGUAUGAGUGGAAUCUGCGGCUGGAGGAGAUCGACGAGAGUGACGAUGAUCUAGAUGACAAGCCCAGUCCAGUGAAGAAAGAGCGUUCUCCCCGACCUCAAAGCUUCUGUCAUUCCUCCAGCGUGUCCCCUCAGGAGAAGCCGUCUUUGUCAGGGUAUUUAGGACACAGAGACAAACAGCGACUGUCCUAUGGAGCCUUUGCUAGUCCCGUCUACAGCACCUCCACCGAUACACCUGCAUCUCCAGUAUCAGAGGGGCCCACAAUAGCCAGCAAGACCACUUCAAAAGGAAGUGACUCCACACCUCCUUCUGCAAAUCGGACAUCCCCGGCCAAUAAGUUUGAGGGAAUUCAGCAGCAGCAAAGCACUGCUUCUAUGAACACAAAAGCAGCAUUUGGCCCACGUGUUCUUCCCAAACUACCUCAAAAAGUGGCACUACGAAAGAUUGACACUAUCCACCUCUCCUCAAUGGACAAGUCCGGUCCUGACGUCCUGCAGAAACCUUCACAGGCCCAGGACACGCCUCCCACCAGAGCUUCAGAUACGAUAACUAGACCCACUGAGCCGCCACCUAAAAUCCCACAACCUGCAGAACGCUCCCAGCCGGUGGAAGUGCCCCAGAAACCGCAUAUCUCAGACCUUCCCCCUAAACCGCAGCUAUCUGAUCUUCCCCCAAAACCACAAUUGUCGGAUUUACCUCCCAAACCUCAGCUUUCUGACCUGCCCCCGAAACCCCAGCUUAAGGAUCUUCCUCCUAAGCCACAGCUCUCCGACCUCCCAUCCAAGCCUACCGUGUCUUCAGCAGCUGAGACCACACAGAGGCAAACAACGCAGGAGGAAACGAGUCCAAAGCCCCAGCGGACAGAGGAGCAGUCGUCCGGUCAGCAGGAGGAGCUCUCUCCGAGACAGGCCAGUGAGGACACUAAUGGUGCACCUGCAGGGACCGUGGAGAUGCCUGUCCCCAUGCCACGGAAAAUCAACACAGUGGGAAAGAACAAAGUAAGGCGUGUGAAAACCAUCUAUGAUUGCCAAGCGGAUAAUGACGAUGAGUUGACUUUUGUGGAGGGGGAGGUUAUAAUUGUUACAGGAGAGGAAGACCAGGAGUGGUGGAUUGGGCACAUAGAGGGUCAGCCUGACAGGAAAGGGGUCUUCCCAAUGUCCUUUGUGCACAUUCUGUCAGACUGACAGCGAAUAACUGGCACAAGCUCUGCUCUCUCUGGACUCGCACUGGAAUGUGAGCAUUGUCUCUGUACAUAAGCUGCUGAAAUCUAAACGGACUCCAAACAAACAAAACAUGAAGUAUCAAACCCAUGCUCCCUUAAUCCUCAAGGGGGAAAUGUGUAAACUAUGUGUUGGUCAUAAACUGUGUUAUCCUGCCUACCAGUAUUAUUGUAGCCAUCGCAACCCAGCAUGCCAAACUGGGUUUGCAGUAGCUAUACUUGGAAAUCUAGCACUUAACAUGUAUGCUGUAACUUUGUGUAUGUGUACACAUAUAGAAUUAUAUGUAUUUCCAUUUUAAUUGUGUCUUUGUUCAUACUUAUGCACAGAUGUAAGUGUAUAUUUAUGUACUUAUGUAUAAUGUACAAGUGUGCAUAUAUAUGUUAACCCUGCUUGCUUAUGGAGCCAGAGUGACUCUAGACAUUUUAGUGUACUAUUUUAAAAGAAAAAAAGAUUAUCUCUUGAUUUUUUUAGAAGGUGUAGAAGCAAGAAUACAAGUUACUUAAAUACUAUACCACUGUUGAAAUUCCCAUCAUAGUGGGAUUCUGGUCAGGGAUCAAUACCAAAAUGUAAAGGUUUGAACAUCUCAUCUGCUAUAACUAAACAAUCAAAAUGUGCAUUCAUUUGGUUUGCAUUGCUCGCAUAAAAAGCCAGAAAUCAUCUUUAUUCUGAAUGCCUCAGUGAGUAGGAGACCAACUAACUUCUCUAGAAAAUUGCUAGUUUAAUGCUACCACUUUCUACCCAUAUGUUUAGCCAGUAUGUUCACAUGGUGGCUGUAUCCAAGGACGUUACCACAUAGAAGCAGUAAUAAUUUAAGAAUGAACCACUGAAGAGUGGUUAUCGAUCAAACAUUUCAGUGUCUAUUGUGGUUACAGACUUGGUUGCAUGUGUGGGUCUGCUUCAUUCUUUCCCCAUUGUCGUUUAAUGCCAAAUUUGACAAAACCUAUGCCUCAGCUCUUGGAAAGUGUCCUUUCAAUAUUUUAUUUGAUCAUACAACUGCAUACCUUACUCAUCUGGUCUCUGGUUAUCAUUCAUGAAUAAUGCAUAAUUUAUAAAGCCUCACUCAUACAUGGAUCUGACUGGUCAAACUUUGUUGGCUUUGUAUAAAAAUGUUUUGUUGUUUGCUUACAGUGACUGUGGAAUGUGAUUUCUUUUGGUUUGUUUUGUUCAUUUAAGUUGAAAUGAACUGCAAGAUAAUCUGGCAGAGAGUGACUGACUCGUUAUGACUCAGAAUGAACUAACGCUGCCUAUUUUCUCGUUACCCUAUCAGGGAGACCAGCAUUCAUUCUUGAUUUUUAACUAUUAUUCUAUUAACAAAUAAAGAUGUAUCAAUGAAUGCCACAUGUACUAUAUUUGAUGAUGAUAGUAUUUGACAUUUAUAGGGCUAAAGUGUUUCACCAUAGAAAGGGAUGGACCCUUCAAGUGUAGUUUAUUAUGAGUUUUGUUUCUCUGUUUUAAAUCAUGUUACAAUUAAUUGUUUACUAAGGAAUAAAUAACAGGAAUUCGGCACAUUCUACAAGACAAAAUAACUUCAAGAUUUGUUGUAUAAAGUUGUGGACGUCCCAUUCCUGGACUGUUUUGUUUAGACCCUUAUGAUGAGCCCACUGUUGGACCACGUCUGUCUAUUUAGAUGUUCAAUCCAGCACAACUACAGAUCAUGGAUUCUUGUGUUGCUAAUAUUGUAGCAUAUUAAAGUCUGGGAACAGUCAAAAGGACAACUUCACAUCUAAGUGAAUAAACCGGAUUCAGUCCUACUCUCUUGUACCUUUUUUCAUCUGUGUUUGCUGCACUGUAAAUUCAGUCAGAAAAAAAUCAAACUUGGCUAUUAAGUCUUCGAAUGCUAUAAUAAAGACUUUACGUUGAAACCA